GGGCCAUAUUUACAGUUUUGUCGUGUUGUGAGUAAUUUUAUUUUAUCCGUAGUCUUCCGGAAAAAAAAGCCAUUUUUCCGCCAUGUAUGACGACGACGACGAACCAGAAGGGCCAAAGAGUUCUUUCACGACUUACCUUUCCGAAGGAAAUGUGCAUUUUAACCAGGGGGAAUACAAAAAGGCUCUGGAUAGUUACACUCAGGCCCUGGAGCUACAGCCAGGUUACAAAGUGUGUCUUGUCCAGCGAUCAAAGUGUUACUUGAGGUUAGGCAAUGCUGAUGCCGCACUGAGAGACGCAGAAGAAUCACUUGCAGAAGAUAAAGAAUAUAACAAGGGCCUUUAUCAGAAAGCAGAAGCUCUUUAUUCCAAGGGAGAGUUUGAGUAUGCUCUCUUGUAUUAUCACCGUGGAUAUAAGCUGAGACAAGACCAGGAGGAGUUCAAACUUGGCAUCCAGAAAGCUCAAGAGGCCAUUGAUAAUGCUAUCGGAAGUAAAGCCAGGGUCAAAUUGGAAAAUAAAGGAGAUUUGUCCUUUUUUGCCAAACAGGAUGAAGCUAAAAAGACAACUAAAGGCUACAGCAAACCAACUGCUCUGGCAGCAAGAAAUCAACAACAAGCAGCAAACCGAGGAAAAAACACCAAAAGUCCUGUUAAAUCAGAAAAAACAGUCAAAAAACUGUUAGGUGAAUUAUAUGCAGACAAGAAGUACCUUGAGAAACUGAUGGAUGACCAAGAUUUUAUUCAUGGAAAUAGCAGCAAACCAAUUUAUGAUCUGGUCCAAGAUGGCUUGAGUUAUUUAGAUACGAGAAUUGAAUUCUGGAGACAACAAGAACCACUCUAUGCUCGCAAGAACAAGAAACUGCCCCCAAGAAAAUCUCCUCAGAGGCAACUCCCUGCUGACACAACAAAAUUCAUCUUGAGAUCCUUGGAGGAAAUAGACCAGGCGUUGGCAGAUGGUGAUCCAGAGACAAGUUUAAAUAAGGCACAGUCAACUUUAAAAACAGUACAGUCAUUAGGAGCAGAGAGUGUCCCAAACAAGGCAGAGGUUGUGGGUAAUUUGUACUCUUGUAUUGGAAAUGCUCAUCUUGAGAUGGAAAAUUAUGAAGAAGCUUUGAAGUUCCAUGAAAAAGAUCUGAAGGCUGCUAAAAAAAUGGAGAACAAGGAAGCUAAAUCACGAGCACUGGACAACCUUGGAAGACUGUAUGCUAAGAUGGGAGAAUACACCAAAGCUAUCGAUUCCUGGAUGGAGAAACUUCCACUCAGUAAAUCAGUUUUAGAAAGCACAUGGCUUUAUCAUGAAAUUGGCAGGUGUCAUUUAGAGCUCAAAUACUACCAGGAUGCUAAGGAGUUUGGUCAAAGAUCAUUGGCUGCAGCAGAGCAAGCAGAUGAUAAAGUGUGGCAGCUUAAUGCCACAGUUCUUGCGGCUCAAGCUGAAGUGAAGCUUGGAGAUCUCAAAGAUGCCCUGCAAUCCUUUGAAAAAGCCCUAGACCUAGCCAAAAUACUGGAGGAUGAUGCAGCUGAAAAUGCCAUAUCCAAAGCCAUCAAUGAUGUCAAUGACAGGAUCACACAAGGGGUCAAAUCUGGAGAAGAAAGUGCUGCAGAUGAACAUGAAGGUGCAGAGGAAAGCAAAGAAACAGCAGAUGAACAAAAUGAGGAAACUGAGGCAGCUAAACAAACAGAGGAGGAGGAGGAACUAGUGACAGAAGACUCAGUCAAAGAAAGCCAUGAGGAGGCAAAGGAGGAUGAAGCUGCGGAAGGAAAUGCAAAAAAGGAUGCAGAACAAGAACCAGAUGAAACAAAUGGUGCAACAAAAGAUGCUGAUCAACCUGCUGAAGAUGAUGGAGUGAAGGAGCAAUAAAUGUCCUAAAAUUGUCCAUCAAACUCUGUAUAUAUUGAUGUAUUAGAGCCUUUCCAGAGAAAUUCAAAGUUUUACUUGCAGUUGCUAACUCUUUGUUAACUCAAAGGUGUUAAAAUAGUUCUGCUAAUCUUGUUGAAUAUUAUUUUACAACAUUUUUAUUUUGAUUUUCAUUUUAAUGGUGGCUGUUGUCAGUGUAGCACUUUAAGUUUGAUUGCGAGGAACAUUCAGUCAGAGGAAAUUGCACAGUGAAAAUAUUUUGUUCUUAUGGAAAAGAUGAUGUAAAUUGAAGGUGCAACGAGAAUAAAGGUUGACAAGAAAGUGGCAGUGUUUAAAGUUCGACUUUAAUUAAUUUUAAAUGGCUGGAUGGCAAGAAAGUCUUCUCCUUGUACAAAGAAACAAGCCAACCUGGAAAAGUACAAUAAUUUUUAUUUGUAUUUAGAACACAGGUUAGAAGUACUUUUUGCAUGCCCUGAUUGGGUAGUUUGGAAGUAAUUAGCAAGAAAUAUUCACCUUCGAGGAGCCAGGGAGACAAAAUUGCACUUCAAGAGCUUAGGGUAACCUGUGUGGUAUAUACUAAAAUGAGUAUUCACCUCAAAAGUCAGCAAAAGGUUUGAAUAUUAACCUUGCCACUUUGGAACUUGGUAAAUAUCCAACCCUACUCAACCUCACUUUGGUUAAUGAUUGUUACAUAUGUUCAGUCAUUAAACUUUGCUAAAAUUAACCUAAUCUAUCAUUGACUUUGGAAACAAGUUUUGCAAGAGUCUAAGUCUAGUUUGAGGGUGUACUAUCAAUUAUUUCAACUCUACACAGUGAUAAAGAGUAAGAU